CGUUUCAUUCAUUCUUCUUCUACUACUCCUCACUUUCCUUAUCUCUCUCGCUCUCGCUCUCGAACAGCUCUUCCUUCUCUCGUCGACCCUUUGAUUAAUAAGGGGAGAGAGUUGUAUUGAUUGAGCUCACAAAGAUGGCUUUCAUACAGUUUGGAAGUAGUUGUGUUGCUCAAUGGAGUAUUCGUCCUCAUUUUGCUUAUCAUCCAAGCACCAGACUCCAUUCAUCAACCCGCCAACAAAAUUCCAUGAGGAGCCAGAUAAACUGUUUGGGAGCUUCAAGGUCGAGUAUGUUCUCACAUGCCUCCUUGCCCUUCUUGUCCAUGUCAGGAAUGUCUAGAACUAUGCAACCUCGCAGAGGUUCUCGCUUCACUGUUAGAGCUGAUGCAGAUUACUAUUCGGUCCUCGGAGUUUCCAAAAAUGCAACCAAGUCCGAGAUUAAGAGCGCUUAUCGGAAGCUUGCUAGGAACUACCAUCCGGACGUGAACAAGGAACCUGGUGCAGAAGAGAAAUUCAAAGAAAUAAGUAAUGCAUAUGAGGUUUUAUCUGAUGAUGAAAAGAAGUCUCUUUACGAUAGGUUUGGUGAGGCCGGAGUUAAAGGCGCUGGUGGAAUGGGAGGCAUGGGGGAUUUUAGUAAUCCAUUCGAUCUAUUCGAGUCAUUAUUCGAAGGCAUGGGUGGGAUGGGAGGUGGUGGUGGAAUGGGUAGAGGUUCAAGAAGCAGAGCCGUGGAUGGUCAAGACGAGUAUUAUUCCCUUAUCUUGAACUUCAAAGAAGCAGUUUUCGGAAUGGAGAAGGAGAUAGAGAUAACCAGGCUCGAGAGCUGCGGGACUUGCGAAGGUUCAGGUGCAAAACCCGGAACCAAACCGACCAAAUGCACAACCUGUGGCGGUCAAGGCCAAGUGGUUUCAUCAGCAAGAACUCCUCUCGGUGUAUUCCAACAAGUCAUGACUUGCUCGUCCUGUAACGGCACUGGAGAGAUCUCCACACCGUGCGGUACUUGCUCUGGAGACGGACGCGUGAGGAAGACAAAACGUAUAAGUCUCAAAGUACCUGCCGGGGUUGAUUCCGGUAGCCGGUUAAGAGUAAGAGGAGAAGGCAACGCAGGGAAGAAAGGCGGGUCACCGGGUGAUCUUUUUGUGGUUAUAGAGGUCAUACCAGACCCGGUUCUGAAACGGGAGGAUACUAAUAUUCUCUACACUUGCAAGAUAUCAUAUAUAGAUGCUAUCUUAGGGACCACGCUGAAGGUCCCAACGGUGGACGGGACGGUGGAUUUGAAAGUACCGGCGGGGACACAACCGGGGACAACGCUGGUGAUGGCUAAAAAGGGAGUUCCUGUGUUGAACAAGAGUAAUAUGAGAGGGGAUCAGCUGGUGAGAGUGCAAGUGGAGAUACCAAAGAGGUUGAGCAAAGAGGAGAAGAAGCUUAUUGAGGAGCUUGCUGAUAUGAGCAAGAACAAGACUGCUAAUAGCAGUAGUAGUAGAUGAGAGUAGAAAGAAAAAAGUUUUUGACAUUUGGAAAUGUGAAUCUAAUAUGUGAAUGAAUGAAUACACAUUGUUCUUGCUCUGUAAGCUUAUGAUAAUUGAAAUGACUCUUGCUAAGAGGAAGAGUAAAGGGAUGAUGAAAAUGAUCCAUUGUUGUUGUGGUGAAGGAUACUUGAAGAUCUUUUGGAGUUUUUGUUUUUGGUUCUUCAAAUUUUUAAUUUUAUAUAUCAAAAUUGUUAGGCUGUAUUUGGAGUUUUAUUUCUGAUUGGCUGAUAAAUGCAUUCAACU